UAGUUUAAAAAGUGCUGAACGAUUUUGAUCACGUAGCUUUCUGGCACUGAUAGUAUAUGCUUCUCCUAUACGGUUCGAUAGUGUUUGCUUUCAUAUUCGUCCCUUGUCUUUGUGGGACGAAAAACGGUCAGUGAGGUUAGAUGGUGCCGUUAUCUACACAAAGAGGCGCUUCACUGGGGGACGGACUUUUCUCGUUGUCUUGGCAACUUGUGACUUUUGUUCAUUGUUAUAUCCGCUUUGGACUAACGUACCGGCAAGACAAGGAGCACAGGCGCGACACAAAGAAGCACAGGGGACGCGCACUGUGUGCGCGGACCUAAGAGCAUGAAUGCGCGCGACUGACAUACGGCCGUUCUGACGAUUAGUCACAGUUGCCACUGUUGUAUUUUGUAUUUAUAUUUAAGUUCGUGAGUAGCGUUAAGUGUAUGCUGACAUUUUUAUUAACGGAAACAAGGUAGACAGGGUUCAUGCAUCAUACGCCAUUAAGAAUAAGAAGGCGGACUCCUACGUGAAACAGCCUAAGGAUGCACGGUGACGUCACACAGGUAUAAAGGAGGCUGGAAAACGCGGUGCUGUUUUCCUCCGCCGGACAAGCUGCUCUGAUUUCAAUUGCUACAUUUGCCUCCAGCCCUGCAGCCAAGUGGAUGAAUCCAUAAAGCAGGCCUUCAAGAAGAACUGAGGAUUGUGGGCAGAGGUAACUGUGAAAAUGAGCCAGGUCCCAUGCAGAGGCUUGUACCUGCCCCUGAGCCCCGGCAACCCGAACUGCGACGCUGCAUCCUGUGAGGAGUCGGACUCGUUGAAGAGCAUCAGCAGCCUGAGCGAAAGCAUCCUGACCAGCCCGCUGGAUGCGGAAACGUUGGAGUGUGAGGAGGGAGCCGGGCUGGGAUCCGCAGCCUUGUCCUCGGGUCCUCGGGUGCCGUGGAAGAGCAACAUCACUUUCCUGAAGACCGAUCUUGAGGCUUGUAAUGGCAACCAGAUUCAUGUUCUUCAGUUCGACCGUCCUGGCCAUGCCGAAGGGAGCCCUCAGUGCCCACUUGACCAUGUCCUGAAUGAGGAGGCGGGAACACGGGCCGACACGUGUAACAAGAGCUCCGGUGAGGUCCAUGGGGACUCUGCCAUGUCCACGAGCUCUGAAGACAUGGUGAUGCGGAGGAGCGGCCAGAGCCUCAGCGACUCCGGCAAGCAGCUCAGCGACUCCCUGCUGGGCCGGUCCACCUGCUGCCCGGCCAGAGCCCCCCACAUGGGGACGUCCUCAGCGACGCCCGACAUCUGCGAGGGCCUUCUACAUAAGACGCACAUCUGUGACGUCCAUAAAGACCUAGAGACUGGGGCGCGGCAGGAAAGUAGAGAUGGGCGACUCCGCAGGGGCUCUCCUGCGAAUAAACAUCCCUCCAAGAUGUCCUUUGAGAACAAGGAGGAUGGUGAUCUGGCCCUUGACGCGGCGAGCUGUUCCUCACAGCCUCACGGCAGCUUGUCAGACAUCCUAUUUGGCGAGACCUUCGUAUUCUUUGAUUCAAAUUCCGACUCCAGCUGCAAUGCUCAAACCUCUACCCCCGUGCUGGGGUCAAGCAACAAGACCUUCUGCAUCCCGCCUUUCGAGUGCCGGUCACAUAUUAGCCAAGCCGGGUCCAGCAGCCCGGCCCUAGGGCCCAGAGGGCCGCAGCGCGGGACGCCUCCGAAUCCGGCCAGAGGCUCCAGGGUGCCGGGUCCCGCCCAGGGAGGAUUGGCCAGGCUGGACUCGCGGAGGUUCCCCAAGCUGCCAGACCUCGAGGUCGCGAAGCUCAGGAUGACCGCGAAGCCAGUCCCGGCUGGACCACCGAGCAGCGUCUCCGUAAAGGCUGCUGCUGCGGUGUCUGUCACAGGCCCUAAGAAGCCGCCUCCUGCGUCUUCAGCCGGCGCCGGUCAGUCGAGUGCCGGCGGGCCAGAUCGGGGCAAACGGCGCCGCUCCUCAUCUAGCCAGAACACUGCAUUCCCCAGGAAAGCAGACGAAGCUCCCGCCACAAAAUCCAAGCGGGGGGCGGCUUCCAGCCCACGAGGCUCCGGCCGGGGCCCGAGGAAGGAGGUGGGGCAGGCGGUGAGCGACAGGAACCCGGUCCGCCGGACCUCCGUGGUGUCCACAGAUGCGUCUGGUGGGAGCUGGUCACCCAGCAGGUCCAAGGCCGUGUCGGCCAGGGGCCUCCAGGCGCCGCACCCCUCGCCCUCUGGGGCCCGGGCCCGGCCUCGGCCUGGAGGAACGCCAGCCAGGGAAAGGCCAAGUGUGGGAGGGGGACUGCGCCUCCCAGUGGGCAGUACUGCGCUCCCUACAGGGACGCCCAAGAUGCGUCUGAUGGAGCGUGUCGGUGUCGCCGUCGCAAGCAAGCUGUCCACGAACCCAGGCACCGGGCCAGCCCGACCCACCUCCUCCUCCUCCAGGCUGCCCUUGAAGGGACCCCCGAAAAGCCCCAGCUUCUCGUCCCAGACCAGUAACCGUGGCCCCCAGCCCCUCGUGGCCUCGUCCCAGAGUCCAGCUCCCCGGCCUGAUGAACGCGCCCCCUGCCCCGGCAUCACUAAGGGAGCCUUCAGUCCCAGGGCUGGAACCAAGCCGCUCAUCGCCAAGCCGAUAUUCAGGCGGAAUGCAACCCCAGUACUCCAGACAGCAGCCGGUCCCAGUGCCCUCCCUCCAAGGCCGGCCACAAGCCCCAUGCCAAGGACAAACUCCACAAGAACUCAGCACCCCCCCACCCCUACACAAGUGGAUAGGAGCCGGCUGAGGUCUGCCCUCAGGAGCCCCCGGGUACAAGGCCAGCCGAACCCCCCCUUGGCUCAGCCCAAGCUUUCCGGGCCGAGGCUUGCCCCCCAGCUCCAGCAGCGGCUCCAGCAGCAGCUGGGGUCUGUGACACGCGUCAUGGAGGCCCUGACCGUGGUGGUGCAGCACAUCUCUGCUCAGCAUGAAGAGGACCUGAAGCAGAAGAGGCAGCUUUCUAUGGAGCUCAUGGAUCUGCGGGUGGAGCUAGGCACCCGCACUUCCCUAUGUGAGCGUCUCCAGCAGGAGAAGGAGGAGGUGCGUGUGACCCUGGAGGGUGCCCUGAAGGAGGCGCGGGAGCAGUAUGAGUGUGAGCUGGCCGGGCAGAAGCGGCAGUUGGAGGAGCUCUUCAAUGUACAGUGCGAGGAGCAGACCAGGGCGUACCAGGAGGCGCUGGACCGCUACCAGGGCCUCAUGCAGCAGGAGAUAGAGGCACAGAAGAGCAGGAUGGAGGCCAGUCAUGGCGAGGCUGUGGAGAAGUUCACCCAGCACUACGAGGCAGUACUGGAAGAAGACAGGAGGACGCAUCAAGAGGACAUGCAGGUGUUGAGCCAGACGCUGCGUGAGCAGAUUGAGUGUCUGAUGGUGGAGAACAACGACCUCAAUGAGAAGCUGAAGGCCCAGGAGGACAGGAGGAGGAAGCUUGCUGAGAAAAAUCAGAAGGACUCCCACACCAUGUACCUGGAGCAGGAGCUGGAGAGCCUCAAGGUGGUGCUGGACAUCAAGAACAAGCAGCUCCACCAGCAGGAGAGGAAGGUGAUGCAGAUGGACAAGCUGGUCGAGGCCAAUGUAAAACUGGAGGAAUCCCUGAAGAAGGCUCAGCAGGAGAAUGAGGACUACAGGGUUCGGAUGGACAAGCAUGCGGCGUUGUCAAGGCAGCUCUCCACGGAGCAGGCCGUCCUGCAGCAGAUCCUGCAGAAGGAGUCCAGUGUGAACAAACGGCUCUCUAUGGAGAACGAGGAGCUACUAUGGAAGCUACAGAACGGGGAUCUGGGCAGCCCCCACAAGCGGUCUCCCUCAUCCCCCCUGCAGUCACCCCACAGCUCCAUGUUAUCACCCAGAUAGCAUCACUGGGGGGAGGGGCGUGCCUGAGCUCACCAUGGAAGGAAAGGGGAGGGGGGGAGGGCAGUGUCUGCCACAGAUCCAUCCAUCUGGAGUGUCUGACUGCAACAUAAGACAUUGUUGCACAGAAGCACUUACAAAGCAAGGACUACCUUGUCCUUUGCCUUUCUGUGGAAAACCACCAUCCCACAUCAUUUCUCAGGGGCCCUUACGUAGCAUCCCACUGUUUAACUCCUGCAUACUUUUUUUUUUUUUGACGAGAUUAGAAAAACCGUAGUGGGUGUGGCGUAAAUUUUAUUUUUUUCUUCCCCCUUCGUUCCCCCCUCUCUCAUUUGUAAUUUGAAAUGGGAAGGUUCUCAGGACUGAAGCUCCCUCCAGUGGUCAGUUUGCGUAAGUGCAGUGAUGGUGUCCUGCAUCCUUUUACCAUGCCUGAUGGGGAACUAUAUGAAGCGCCGUAUGAGCUGUAAAAUGACUUUGUGCUUCCUGCUCUUGUUUUCUACAUGCAUUGGAGAUUUCAGUAUUGCUCCCUGAGUAUGUAACCUGACACUGAAUGCAAUGUUCCUUGUACUUGUGGUUUGACCAGAAUGAUCUAGCUUGCUCCUUUUUUAUUUUUGAAAUGAAUAAAGGUAAAAUGAUUGAGAGCUUCUGACUGAGUGCAUCACCAUGGAGGCAUUUAGCUCUGUGACUUGGUCUUUUAAUCACAGGACCCAGCCUGUAGUUCCCCCAGCUGUGGUUCUGGUGCUGUUGGCUCCCAUGAGUUCAGGUACUGCUGUUUUUGAGAAGUUCUGUCUUUGCACCAAAUUGCUAAUGAUACACAGAGAUUAGGCAGAGGGCCCAUUCAGAGGAACCUCAGCCUGCAUUGCAUUAAUCUGAACACUGGGUGCUGGCUUGUGUGGCUGUGGUCUACUCUGGUUCUCAGUGGGGCUUUCCUGCAUGAUCAUCUGUAGAUCUUUCCAGAAUGACUUGAAAUGAGUCUGCUAAAGCCUCAUUUCCCUUGUCCAUAAUCUCAUCCUCAGAGUUUGCACUGCCCUUGCACAGAGUGUGUCUCACCCCUAUGUUAAAUAUUUUACGAUUCCCUGUGAUUGCCCCCCCCCAAACUGGGGAACAGCUGAUUGCUGUAUGUUUCGAUAAUGCCUCAUGCAUGACCCGGGAGGAGGGGAAGUGUGUUGAAAUGAGACCAAAGAAAUAAAUAUGUGAAAUAAUGUAAA